GCCAAAAGGGCCCGACACAACCCGCAUGUCACACUACUACAGAGGCGUUUUAGCAAAUAGCAACAAAACAAGCGGGAGAAAGUAGCUUGCCCAACACGGAAAUCAAAAGCUAAAGUGUGUGUGUGUGUGUGUGUGUGUGGUGUUUUACGUCCGAGGAGAAAAGCCUGUAAUAUCUGCAGUUGAUAUACAACCUAAUGUACUUUGUACAGAGACCUCCUGCACUCUCCUCACUUCUGCUGAUAUGAGCGUUGACUAAAUUAAAGCAAGACUGUUUGAUUACAUUUACAAGGACUUUCAACUGAAUGGACACGAAGACUUUUCAAAACCGAUGGAGAAGCCACUGUCCCCUCGAGAGUCUGGUCAGUUUGUGGCGGAGCGCAGUCGAGAUGUUUUCGUGGAUGAAGAUGGAGUCAAACGUGUGGCGCAGAUGAUCUAUGAUCUCCGUGAGAGCGAGGAGUUCACAGCCAGCGGCUGGAAGAAGAUGAAUCCUCUGGCCCCUCCGCCAGACUCAGACGAAGCCAUCAACUGGGUGUUUGUGACCGACACCAUGAACUUCUCCUUCUGGCCUGAGAGGGAGGAAGAGCAGUGUGAGGUGGUGUGUAGAGGAAACACCUAUCGAGGGUACAUGUCUCUCUGUGCUGCUGUGACCAGAGCUGUGGAUGAAGGAGUGCCCAUUACCAACCCCACUUACUUCUCUCAGAUCAGUGAGGCCGAGCUAACGAAAGUCCUGCGCUCAGACAGCGAAACUCCCAUGCCGAUGCUGAAAGAGCGUCACCAGGCCCUGACAGAGGCCGGCCGAGUGCUCAUGGAGCAUGGCGGAUCCUUCCGGAUAUUCAUGAGUCGCUGUGAGAAUGAUGCAGAGAAGAUGGUGAAGUACAUUGUGGAGAAUAUACCGUCAUACAGAGACGAAGCCAUGUACGAGGGUAAGAGGAUCUCAUUUUAUAAGAGAGCUCAGAUCCUUGUGGCAGACUUCUGGGGCAUCAUGGAGGCACGAGGGGAGGGACACAUCCCUAACCUGGACUACCUGACCAUGUUCGCUGACUACAGGGUGCCACAAGGUCUCGUGUACCUUGGCGCUUUACGCUACUCUGAUGCCCUCAUGGAGACAUUGAAAAACGGUUUGUUGCACCUUUUUGAUAAAAUAUAG